AUGGAUAAUAAAAUUUUAUGUACUUGUAUUUUUUGUAUACAAAAAACUAAUAGUUGUGAUUUAGAAAAUAAAAAAUUGGAGAAGGAUAAAUCGAAGAAGAAGAAUAAAUUAAAGGAAAAUGAAUUAGAGGAGGAUAAAUUGGAAGAGGAUGAAUUGGAAAAGGAUGAAUUGGAAGAUGAUAAAUUGGAAGAGAAUGAAUUGGAAAAUAAAUUGGAAGAAAAUAAAUUAGAAAAUGAUAAAUUGGAGGAGGAUGAAUUGGAAGAAAAUGAAUUAGAAAAGAAUGAAUUGGAAGAGAAUGAAUUGGAAGAUAAAUUGGAAGAAAUGAAUUGGAGAAGAAUGAACUAG